AUGAAAGUUUUGAAAGAAAAAUUACGAAGUUACUUGGAACAAAAAUCUUACAAUGACGAUCCGAUUGGUGAUGCCAUGGCGAUGGUCAGCUCUAUACAAAAUUUAGUUGGUAUUCGUAACGUUUUUGGGGAUGAUAAACCUAGUUUCACAAUUCAGUCAGUGUUUGCGACGUUGUUAUUCGCUGGAUCAUUCAUCUACGUGGGUCAGCUGAGCCAGUUAAUCUACCUAGUUCAGGUGUUUCCCGAUAAAGUCGAGACUUUCAAGACUAUAAACUGCAUCAGUGCGUCAUCUGUACCAUUAUCAAAAUUUUUCUUCAUGUGGUGUGCAAGGAGUCAUUUGAAGACCGUUUUUGAGCUGAGUCGCUCUGGACUAUCUUCGAUACCAGAUGGCAGUGCGUCAAAGAAGAAAAUGCUCAGUGCAUUAAAACGGGCACGAUACGUCUCGUGGCUGGUUGUGGCCAAUGAGGCUUUUACACAUGUUACCUACUUGCUCAUGCCCUUCUUGUUUACCGUUUUUGGAAACGAUCGAUAUUUGCCCACCACUCCGGGCGAAACUUAUGGAUUAAGUCCGAAAUACGAGACGCCAUUUUACGAAAUAACAUUUGUCCUGACGUGUGUCGCGACCGCUUUUUCCGCCAUUAAUCAGACCGGCUACAUUGUGCUCUUCGUCACGCUCAUCUGUCACGAGCUGGGACACUUCUACGCAAUCACGGAAGCACUGGACGAGAUUCAUACAAUCUUGAUAAAGAACGAACGUUCUCGAAACAACGUCGGCGAAGGAACAGGGAGAGAGUCAGUCGACGAUUUGCUAAUGUUCUGCGUGAAACAUCACCAGUUCCUCAUGCAUUACCAUGGCAAGAUACGAGAGUUGUAUAAGGUUAUAUUUGGUGCACACUUUCUCAGUAUGACGGUUGUACUAGUGACUACAUUGCAGACUAUGAACGCAUGGGAUGUGAGGAACACAAUACUGACGGGGGUGACGGGUAUCAUGCCAUUGUUUUUGUAUUGUUUCGGCGGCGAAAUGCUCAUAUCCGCGGGCGUACAAAUGUCCACAUCUGUUUACGGCUGCGGUUGGGAGUUAAUGGAGGCAAAACAAGCGCGUGUAAUUCUACUGAUGCUUUGUCUAUCGCAGCGCCCCCUGUAUUUAACCGCAGCCGACAUAUUUGUUAUGAAUAGAGAAACGUUCGGCGAUGUGGCGCAGGUCGGCAAACGAGCAGACGGUUUACCUGAUGGUAAGCAAUCAGCGCCGCCCAUGGACACUCGCAACGGAGGAGUUACGAGCCCGAGCGUACGGCGCGUAGCGUUCCGCGCGCGCCUCAAAGAGCCAAUAGACCACCACAGACGGGGCCCUAAAGGGCUGAUGUUCAGCCGGGGUUGCGGGGUAAGCGCAAUGAGGUACCGCGACCUCGGCACAGAGCAGGAGAAGGAACAGGGGGGUUUUUAG